AUGAAGCUGCUGAUUAAGUAUGGCGCGUGCAUUAAAUCCAUGUGAUUAACUUCGUUUAAAAGUUGAUUCAAGGUUGCACAAAAACAUUUUGAUAACUGAUGCAGGAAGGAAUGAGAAUGAGAAGCACGGGUCGGGUUUCAAAGCAAAGACAAGGCCAUUACAAGUUGCAGGAUCAAAGACGGCGUGAAGUGAAGCGUGGCUUGGAGACUUUACUGCCUCGCGCCUACAUGGCGAACUUGUGAGCGCAACAUGCAUGGCGUCUAAGCAGGUGUUCAGGCACACUUUUAACACUUUAUAGACCCGUGUCGGUUCCCAUCGUGGGAGAGGAAGUAGCUAGAACACAAGACAAACCGGGGGCAUCACUGCUGUGUUUUUGUUCUCCUUUAAUUAUCCGUCGGCGUGGGAAGAAGCCAAGUCUCGUGUUUCUGGGGUCGUUAUUUUGGGUAUAAAUACAGACUCACGUGCAUGCAUGCUCGUUUUUUUAGUCUGGGGUUUGUUUUGUUGGUUAGGAAAGAAAUGCAACCCAUUUGUACAAACGUGGAUCUUGCACGCGCGAGGACAGAAAAUAGACAUCGUAAAGUCCUGGCAGAGAAGAUGCGCCGAGACCGAAUCAACAGCAGCAUUGAGCAGCUAAGGAUGAUUUUCUGUCCCAUCAUGCAGAUACCUGAAGAGCAGGCUGUCACCCUGGAGAAAGCCGACGUUUUAGAGUUGGCCAUGACGUUGCUCAGGCAGAAGGUGUUUUCACGCGCAAAUUCGAGUUUUGCACGUGGGUUCUCUCAGUGUUUGCACGAGAUGCUGCGGCAUGUGUCUCUGCAUGCUCACCUGCCACCCAAAGACCGAGAAGAAAUCAAACGUUUCUAUGUGCUGCAGAGGAUGAGCCUGAGGCUGGGCUCGAUGUUACCAAAUCACAGCCAUCUUGCUUACAGAUCACUGAAACGAACAGCAUCCAGGAACCGAGUGGCACUAUGGAGACCGUGGAAGAAAAACUAACGGCAUGUGCAGUCCAGCUUCCUAUUUAUCACUUCACAUCUUUUAACAUCUUAUAGCAAUUUAGUGUUGUUGUUGUUGUUGUUGUUGCUUUGUAAUUUUGUGCAACAUUUGCAUGUACUAGAACUGAUCUAGUUUUAUUUGUUACUUAAUUUGUCUACAGUGUAUGCAACAGGUUCUCAACCCUGGCCCUGGAGUACCCCUUGCACAUUUUAAUGUUCACUCCACUUCAACCUCAUCAGCCAAUUACCAGCCCUUCCUGAGUUGAAUCUGGUGUGUUAGAGCACUAAAAUAUUCAGGACAGGGGGUACUCCAAGACCAGCCCUGGGAAGCUGUGUUGUACGGCAAAAAAGUGUCCGUUUUUUAUUUCUCGGAUGUUAUUGUUGUCUUUUGUGAAGGCGUGUGCUAUGAUUCAAACCCCAACUCUCGAAUUCAGCAUGGAUCUUUUUUGGUGUCAUGUUGUAAUUGAAAUCACUUAAUAAACAUUCCCUGUAUUUAAAUUUAACCCUUGGCUUGAAGCAUUUAUUUACAUAACAGAAAAUUGCUGUGUAAUGUUAAGCUAUAAUUUUAAGCUUCACUAAAUUAAAUGUUAAAUGGUCGUUCUUCAGACUAUUUUAUCCACAUACAUAUGAAGAAUAGAAUAUAAGAUGAGCAGUUGAAAGUUAAUGGCUCUACACUUGCAAACAAAGGAUACUAAACUAUUUCCUUAUAGGUUAUCGUUAGUGUUAUUUAUACCAAAGCAUGUUAUUUAGUAAUUACUGAAUUAUUAAUAGGAGAGAUACAUAAUUAGGAGAAUAAUAUAUGUGAGUCUGAACCCAUCGACAGUUAAAUUAUUUAUUCUCUUUCCCCAAAUAACCAUCAGU